UAAAGGGACUCAUUUUUUUUCUUUUCAUUUCAGCUGACCAGUCAUGUGACUCUGAAGAACACAAACCGAAUCACUUUCCGCUUCAACUUGUUUUCUCACUCCAGUCUGAGUUUGGACUCCGACGAAGUCAAGAGUGUCUGUAUUUGUGAUAAGGUUGGACAAGCAGCGGAUGAUCCAGAAUUGAUUCAGAAUGAUCCGUUUGGUCAUAGUUUGGGGCCUAUUUGCUUUUGUUUUUGGGAAAGCAUUAAACUUAGAUGAUACUGAUGGGAGCAACAAUGAAUUGCUGCUGUCACUCAACAAGCAGCUCCUUCGCUCUCUGGAGACACAGGAAGGACUUGCCAACCCCAGCAUUCACUUAGCUCUACGCCUCUCCAAUUAUCACAAUCAUGUAAAGGAGGACGAACAGCUCACCAAACUCAAAAAUGAUUUGCACAAUGAAAUCCAAAGUUCACUCAGGAGCAACCAGCCUGUAACUGGCCUCUUAGCUCUCUACAGUCUUGCCUUGAAGUCAUCCUGCUAUGAUCUCAACACGGUUUCAUUCAGAGUCACAGAGAAGCCGGAGACGCUGCUGGCGCACCUGAAAAAAGUGAUGGAACAAGAGAAAGAACAUGUUGCCUUCAGCCAUCGCCCUUUGACCAAUUAUUACCAGUACAGUCUGGGUGUGCUCGCCCUCUGUGUGAACGGCAUCAGGGUCAACAACCAUGUUACCCACAAGCUCAUUAAAGCAGCUGAACAUGACAACUUCAAACAUGGAGAUGUUGAGAGUAUUGAUACCUAUGCUGUGGCUGGAAUGGCCCUCCAGUGUGUGAAGGACUCGGGUUCCUACACUCAUAAUGCUGCUGAGAUGGACUUGGCUCUAAGCAAGAUAAAGCAGAAACUUCUGGCUUCUCGCAGAACUGACGGGCACAUGGGCAAUGAGUUCAGUACUGGUCUUGCGGUUCAGGCCCUGAUAGCAAUGGGAAGUGAAGAAUCCGAGUAUUCUAUUUCAAUGGAGGCAAUGAGGACAGCGGCCAGGAAUAACAUUUACCAUAAUCCCAUGGCCAUAUCACAGACUCUACCUGCCCUCCAGAAGCAAUCCUACCUGAACGUUAAAGACAAAGAGUGCCUCAAUGAAGACAACACUUUAGUGUUGGACCCGACAGAUCCUGUGGGGCCUUUACCAAGUGAAACCAAAGUGGUAGUGAUGGUGGAAGUAGUGAUGUCCAGUGGAGCGGCAGCUGCAUAUUAUGUGGACGUGCCAAAAGGCAGCUCCCUGCUAGAAGCUCUCGACCUGCUUCAGAAGAAAGAUGUUGGAUUUACGUUUGAGAAAGAGUCCAGCUUGUGGGGUCCUUACCUCAGCAUGGUGAAUGGAGAGCAGGCACGACAGAGCGACCGCAGAUACUGGCAUCUCUCCUCUGAUGGAACCUCACUCACAGAGGGUGUUAGCGACUUCAAGAUUCAAGCGGCCCAAACGAUCACCAUCAAGAAUACAACUUACUGAUACUGCAAUGUGAUUACUAUGAAUUACAGGCAAUUCAGUGUAGAAUUUUUCAAUUGAUUACAGAAAAAAAUGACUGUUAUUUCAAAUCAGAAUUUUCAAAGUAUGUUUUUUUAUGCAAAGUAGGUACACACAUAUGCAUUUGAAGUGUAUUUCCAUUAAUACUCUUGUGCACAUAUUCCAUAUAUAAAAUGUUUUCUAAUCAGUGCAAGAUUUUGAUUAAACUGUGGUUGAAAACUUUA